AUUUAUGAUAUUUAUGUGUAAUUGUUUGGAAGAAUUUGACAAAUUAAUUAUUUGGGAUUAUCUCCCUUGUUAUUGUUUAUUUUAGGAAAUAUAAAUUACUUGUAUGUGUGCAGUUAAGGAUUACAUAUGGAGCUGAAAUAUUGAAAUGAAACAGAUGAAAGUGUAUAUUUGUGUUCUUCAAUAGGAUUAACAUUCUAGUGAAAUUGAACUAUUUGGUGACAUCUUGCUCUGAUAGUUGACAAUCACCAUGGCGAUGACGAAAGUAAAGAGUUUACAACUGUGGUGUAAGAAGAUGACUGAUGGCUACAGAGAUGUGGAGGUUAAAGACAUGACGACGUCUUGGAAGAAUGGUCUGGCCUUCUGUGCUCUUAUACACAAAUUCAGACCUGAUUUGAUAGAUUAUGACUCAUUGUCCAAGGAAAAUGUAUUUGAAAACAACCAAUUGGCUUUUGAAGUGGCAGAAAGAGAGCUAAAUAUCCCAGCAUUUCUAGAUGCCCCAGACAUGGUUGCCAUUAAAGUUCCUGACAGACUCAGUGUUGUCACCUAUGUAUCUCAGUACUAUAACAACCUACAUGAUAAACCUCAGUUAGGAGGUCCAGAUGUGAAGAAAACUGUAGCUACAAAACGUCACCAACCAGACAUAGAGCCUGGUGGACCUGAGGCCAAGAGACUAACACCCAGUCAUCAAAAUGCUAAAACACCUUCAAAAGACCGACCAUCAAUGGGAGAUAAGUGUCACAUCUGUGGAGACAAAGUGUAUUUAAUGGAACGCCAUGUGGACAAAAAUAAACUCUUCCAUCGCCAUUGUUUUAGGCAUAGUGAACUCUCACCUACAAGCAAAGUAUUUAAUAAGUCUGAACUGAAAAAAAUAAGCGACAAAGUGAAAAGUGAAAAUGAGGCAAAGAAACAGAGUGAUAAAGUUAAAAGUGAAAAUGACACAAAUAAGGCUGCAAAAUCUGAAAAACAACCGGAUUUUUGGCAACGUAGGAAUGAAGCUAGAAAAAUUGUGAAAAUGGAUACAGAAGAUUCAGUGCCAUCCAAAGCAACAGCCAAUCAGGACAAACACAGUUCUAAGUCGACGAACAAAGAUAUAAGUAAACCAGAUAUAACUGUUAUCAGUGAUAAAACUAUUUCCAAGGAUGCUGCUAAAAGUAAGAAAGAAAGACCCUCAGAAUUGAAUCUGGAAACAAAAAUAGACACUAAAAAAUCAAGUCCUAUUCCAUCACCAAGGAAACCAAAAACCCACAUUGAACCUAUGGACACUAGUGAAAUAAAUGAGGUCAAGUUAAAACCUGUGCCAACUCCUAGAACUGGGCGAGAUGAAAAGGAGAAAUCACAAUUAAAUGGAAUUUUAUCUAAAAAGAGAGAAAAGUCUCCUGGCAAAAGUCACCUUUUGUCUACUGGACUGAAAUUAUCUUCAAGUAGUGACAUAUCCCCUUUAUCCCCACCCCCUUUACCAUCCCAACCACCCCCUCCACAACUAACCAAGUCUAAUUUAUUAUCACCUGAAUCAGAUGCUGUAGGUACAAGUGCUAAAGUGACGGUCAAUUUUGGAGAUAAAUCCAAAGGGAGACGAUCUCCACAGAUUAGUGCUAAAAAUGAAGCAAGUUCUUCAAGAAAUUCCAAUUCUCCUGAUAGAGGAAGUAAUUUGUUUAUUUCUCCAAGGGCAAAACAGUUCUCCCCGACAUUCUCAGAUUCCAGUGCAUCGUCAGAUAGUUCAAAAUUCAGUUCCAGUUCUAAGGAGAAUAAAACUUCUCCCAAAACUACACAUCAAAGAUCAUCAAACCUUUCUCCACCUUUAUCCAAACCUAAAUUUGGUGACAAUCGACAAAUGAGUGUGGAAGAAGCCAUUGAUUUAACAAAAAAUGACGCAAAUAAAAAUGAAAUGGUAGCAGUUGUGUUUACCCCUAGUCCGAAGGAAGAUGAGAAACAAGUUCUUGGUGGAUUGUUGUCAAAUCUUGCCAAUAUCCGAAGAAAACAGAAAUCAAGCGAUACUAGUCCAAGUGAAGAUUUGUUUAAUCAGCGAAACACAACUGGAGUUCUGGAUAAUCAAAGUCAAGACCAAAAAGGCCGUGUGAAAAGUGCAAUAUUGACAAAGCCUCUCAGUGAUAAUGAUCAAAAUAAACACUCUGGAAACAAAGAAUCUCAUCUUAAAAAUAUUUCUAAAAUGGAUACAGACAUUCCUGAAUGGAAACGUCAGCUAGAAAAAAAUAAAAAUGUACGACCAAAAUCAGCAGACUUAUUAUCUGAUAAAAAGACUUCUGAAACUCCAAAGACACAAUUUGAAAAGGAUCCACAUUUAAGACCUAAAACAGAAAUGUCCAAAGUGUCUCCGCGUCCAAAAACUGUGGACGUACUAUCUGAUAAGUUUAAAUUGGAACAGAAACCACAGUGGCAAAUAGAAGCUGAAAAAAGAAUGGAAGCAAGAAAGGGGGGAUAUGUUGAUCCUGAAAAAGCAAAACCUCAAAUAGAUGUCGCCAAAGAUCAACUUAGGCCAAAAGAGGAGACAAAACUUCCAAAUGAUAGAAUCAGUGCUCCUUUAAAACCAAGUAGGGUUGAUAUUACAAUCACAGAGGAUAAACGGGAAAGUGCAAAUGUUCAGAAAAGAAUUUUACCAGCUGUUCCAAGUCAAAUAGAAAAGGGAGAUAACAAAGAUAAUGAUAAAAAGAAAAUUUCUGUGAAUGUUAAAUUUAAUUUCUCACAAGGCAAAAAGGAGGAAGAAAAAGAUGAGAAAUCAAAGCCUCCUAGACCACCAACAUAUAUUCAUGGUAGUCCUAAAGCAGGUUCACCACACAAACCAAGCAGACCACCUCCACCCUUAAAAGAUGGAGACCAGAGAAGAUUGUCACCAUCUGAGAUACAGAAACAGUUAACACAGAUAGAUUCCCGACUUACAGAACUAGAAAUCAGAGGACGCCAACUCGAAGAUUCAAUCAGAAAAGACUUAGAUGAGUUAGACAUUACUCCCAUGGUUCAAGAAGAAGAAGAUGAUAAGAUGAUGGUAGAAUGGUUUGAAUUGGUCAACAACAAAAAUGAGCUGGUCAGGAAGGAGGCUGAUCUGAUAUAUCUAUCCAGAGCUCAAGAACUGGAAGGUGAACAGAAUGAAAUCGACAGACAGCUGAGGGAAUUAUUACUAAAGAAUGAAAAAUACAAAACUGAAAAAGAUAAAGUUGAAGAAGAGCAAUUAAUACAGAAGUUACUAGAUGUUGUAAACCAAAGAAAUAUAAUUGUUGACAGUAUUGAUGAAGAUAGAAUCAGAUAUGAAGAAGAAGAUAAAGAUAUUGCUCUGGCCUUACAAGAUAAAACAAAUGCACAUAAAAGGAGGAAUAUGUGUUGCUUAACAGUUUUAAGAUUUUUGAUUCAAUUCAUGGCAAAGUAAAUGACAUUUAAAAGCAGCACUCACACAAGAAAGUGGUCAUGUGACAAUCCAAUCUACAGAAGCUUCAUAUUCCAAGAAAAAGAAAAAGAACAAGAAAAAAGGAAAAUUGCUGUAAAGCCAUAGACAAUGAAAAAAAAAAAGGACAAACUAUAGGAAAUGGAAAAAGGAAGAAACGUUUUAAUGGCAAAUGCAAAUUAUUGAUUCUUUUCAUAAUCUAAAAACUUAUUUUUUGCUGAAAUAUAAAAGAUUCAUAUUAGGCUAAAAUAAGGUUUAUGAAAAACAGAAACAUUUUGUAGUUCUUGUUCAAUGUGUUUUAUUUUAAACAUAUGUUUUGUGUUUCAUAAAAAAAAAUUUUCACAAUUACAAUCUUUGUAUGGUUUCCACUGAGUAUAAUCAAUUGAUGAAAAUGGAACCACAUUUAACUCAACAUGAAUAAGUGCUUUAGAUAUAAAAACAAAAUGUAUUUACUCCUCAUAGAAUAGUGCUAUGAAGCUGUUUAUUUGUAUAUUACAAAUGUCUUCAGAGAAUUGAAUGUUGACUUUAACGCUUCUAUUUGUUCUUUUCAAAGAAAAAAGUCAUAUAAAAAAAAAUAAGAAAAAGUUUAUCAUGGGGACCAUUUGCUAUAUUGUCAAGGAAAAGUUAUUAUCCAGACUAGUGCUGUGGAUCAAAAAAUUUUUUUUGCCUGUACCAUAUCCAUUUGCAUAUCGAAUAAAGUAUUAUUUUUUUUAAAGUUAUAUAAUUUUAUAUAUCUAGCUAUCUAGCUAUUUUGUAAAGUUAGUUCUAAUGUUUGUCAAGGUCUUUCAAAAUUCUAUUCUUCUGAAAAGGUAAAUUUUAAAAUUUAUUGUUACUUUUUACAGUUAAGAAAGGGACCAUUGAUUUAUUGUCAUUUUUAGGGAAAUGUAGCAAUUUUCCAGACUGGUGCUGUGAUUUGUUUUUAUUUAUAAUUCUAUCAUGCUUUAUAUUUUAUAGGAAUCCCGUUAAAAGGAUUUUGUUUUUUACUUUUACAUAUGCAUUGUUGAUCUGUCAAAUAAAUAUCAUGCUUGA